AUGAAACUUUGGACAUCUCCCUGGGUGUCUUGCCUGGUGAUUCUCAUAUUGUGCUUUGGAUCAGAGUGCGGGACUGUCCGGAGAAAGGGGAGAUCCAAGAGGGAGUUGGUGCGCAUUAGGGAGGCGAAAGCCACCAUCCCAGGGGCUUGUGCCACUCGUCUGCCCCGGGGCAAACGCUCUUUGCCCGGCUUGGAGCGACGGGUGCUCCGCCAGCGUCGGCGCUCUUCUCCGGCGGAGGAAAACUCUCCAGACCGGGGGAAAGCUGUCUAUUUUACCGGCAGGGGAGAUCAGCUACGGCUGAAACCUGGCGUGGAGAUACCCAGAGGAAAUUUCACUCUUGAGAUGUGGAUCAAACCGGAGGGAGGUCAACGAUCACCCACAGUGAUUGCAGGACUAUACGACAAAUGUUUCUACGCCUCCAGUGACAGAGGAUGGCUGCUUGGCAUCCAGGCGGUUAGUGAACACGGGAAUCGUGACCCUCGCUUCUUCUUCUCCCUUAAAACUGACCGUGCCCACAAAGUGACCUCCAUCCACUCCAACGCUCCCUAUGUACCCAACCAAUGGGCACAUGUUGCGGUCACAUAUGAUGGCGUGUACAUGAAGCUCUUCUUCAAUGGCGCCCAAGUGGGUGUCAGUCGGGAGCAAUCGGGCGAUGUCUUUAGCCAUUUGACCAAAAAGUGCAAAGUGCUGAUGAUUGGGGGGAAUGCACUGAAUCAUAAUUACAGGGGGGCAGUGGAGAGGGUGGGCCUAUGGAGGCAGGCCAGAGGGCAGAGGCAGAUUGUCAGGCAUAUGCAAGGCCACGAGGACCCCCAAGAUCUACCUCAGCUGGUCAUACGUGAAACAUUUGAGCACCCAGGACGGAAGUGGCUGACUGUAAAAGAUGGUAGCUUUCCUCAGCCUGAGCAGGGGGGAGGUGGGCGGUUAGGGUUUAUGGGUGGUGGUGGAGUUGUAAAUUCAGAGGGAUUAUUGGACACAACGCUGGACCCUCCAACAUGUGGUCAAACUGUCUGCGACAAUGUUGAGGUCGUCACACACUACAACCACCUUUGGACCUUCCGUCGACCCAAGAAAGUACGAUAUCGUGUCAUAAAUGUUUGGGACGAUGCUCGGAUGAAGCCAACCGUAUCCGACCACCAGAUCAGCCUGCAGCACCAGCAGCUCAAUGAUGCCUUUAUCCCCUACAACAUCACCUGGGAGCUUAGCAUCCACAACGUCACCAAUUCCUCCCUUCGAAACCGCUUGAUUCUGGCGAACUGUGAUAUCAGCAAAGUUGGAGAUGAUGUUUGUGACCCCGAAUGCAACCAUCCACUGACAGGGUUCGAUGCAGGUGACUGCAUGUCUGGCCAUCGGAGCCGUUGCCCUGAGCACAAGCAGGGGAAUGGUGUAUGCGACCCUGAAUGUAACUGGGAGAACUUCUUCUAUGACCUCGGCGACUGCUGUAACCCCGAUGUGACGGAUGUGACCAAGACAUGCUUCAACCGUUCCUCUCCACACAAAGCCUAUUUGGAUGUUAAAGAGCUGAAGGAGAUUCUACAUUUGGAUGGUUCAACUCACCUGAAUGUUUUCUUUGCCAAUUCUUCUGAUGAAGAUCUGGCGGGGGUUGCCACAUGGCCAUGGGACAAAGAGGCUCUCACACAUUUGGGUGGCAUUGUUCUGAACCCUUCCUUCUACGGCACAUUCGGUCACACGGACACAAUGGUCCAUGAGAUCGGUCACAGUCUUGGACUCUAUCAUGUGUUUCGAGGUAUAUCAGAGAUCGAGUCGUGUAAUGAUGCGUGUUUGGAGACUGAGCCUUCGAUGGAAACUGGAGAUCUGUGUGCGGACACCAACCCCACUCCCAAAUUUAAAGGCUGCCACGAUCCCGAACCUGGCAACGAAACCUGUGGCAGUCGGCAUUUCACGCACACGCCGUUUAACAACUACAUGAGCUAUGCAGAUGAUGCCUGUACAGACUCCUUCACACUGAACCAGGUUGCUAGGAUGCACUGCUACCUGGACCUCAUCUACCAGACAUGGCAACCCUCUUCCAAACCUCCCCCAGUGCCAAUGUCCCCUCAAGUGGUGGAGCAGCAUCAUAACUCCAUCACCCUGGAAUGGUUUCCACCGAUUUCUGGACACUUUUAUGACAGAGAAGUGGGAUCAGUGUGUGAUAAAUGCACUGAGGGUAGAGUUCUACUGCAGUAUGCCUCCAACUCCUCCUCCCCACGACCAUGUGCCCCUUCGGGACACUGGUCCCCACGAGAGGCUGAAGGUCCUCCAGAUGUGGAGCAGGCUUGUGAGCCAAGUGUGCGCACUUGGAGCCCAAAUGCAGGAAUUGAGCACGGUGUUGUCGGCCUGUCGGAGUGCCCUCUCCAGGGUUGCAUGCUUCAGCUAGAGUUCCCUUACCCGCUGGUUCCAGACUCCCUGACUGUGUGGGUCACCUUCUUCAGCCCCGAGGAAACGGCACUGCCAGCCAUCCAUAACAUCUUGGUCCUGACCGUCAGUGGGAACAACAUUUCAUUGGGCCCCAGUAAUGUCUUCUGUGACACACCACUGACUCUGAAGCUAGAGAUUGAAGAAAAAGUGUAUGGUGUACAGUUUUUCACCAUGGAACAACACCUCGAGAUCGAUGCCACCCUCUUGGCAUCCAAGCCAGACUGCAUGCUUUGUAGGCAUUGCCAACCACUACGCUACCGGCUGUUGCGCCAACCGCCCUUCACCCAUGCACAACACGGUCUGAUGUUGAAUGAACCUACCCGCCGAUACACAGACAGGGAUGUGGCGCCACAGGUCGAGUACACUUACCAAGUCCAAACCAUCUCCGGCCGGAGUGAAAGUGAGCCCUCCCCACCUCUGAUACACAAGCUGGGGGCACCAUACUGCGGAGACGGCAGGAUCCAGAGUUCCAAAGGAGAGGAAUGUGAUGAUAUGAACUCUAUGAAUGGGGAUGGCUGCUCCAGUCAGUGCAAGAAAGAGCCCUUCUUCAACUGUGUUGAAGAGCCAAGCCUGUGUUACUACUAUGAUGGCGAUGGGGUGUGUGAGGACUUUGAGCAGGAAACGGGUGUCAGAGACUGUGGCCUCUACACUCCCCAUGGUUUCCUUGACCAGUGGGCCUCCACUGUGGAAGUUUCCCAUGAGGAGAAGCUCUACUGCUCUGGUGACGUGACUGCUGGAUACCCUGCUGUUACAAAGACAUGUCAGUCCAAGGUGUUUGACCUCUCAGAUGGAGUGUCCCAGUAUGCAUGGUUCCCUUGUCGUGAGGCCCAUAAGUCAACCUGGGGAUAUCCUAACUAUUGGCUCAAGGCCCACUUUUCUCAUCCCAUGGUGGCAGCUGCAGUGAUUAUUCAUCUGGCUGCUGAUGGGACUGGUUACCUUGACCAGACCCAAUGUAACAUCACUGUUCAGCUGGUGGACACCAAGGAGGGCAUCCAUAGUCUAGGUGAGUGGCGUCUCAGCUGUCGCACCAACCCGUUGGUGAUCCCAGUGAGCCAUGACCUGUCGGUGGCCUUCUACCACACCAAGGCUAUCCUGGUCAUGUUCGCCUCUCGCCUGGUGGCCAUCUCCGGAGUAGGCCUGCGCUCCUUCCAGUCCUUCGACCCCAUCACGAUAAGUGGUUGCCAGAGCAACGAGAUCUACAACCCUACAGGCCAGAGUUGUGUACAUUAUUCGUGUGAAGCCAUUGACUGCCAGGAACCAUUAAUCCGCAAUGCAGAGCUCAAGUGCAGUAACCCUGGCCGCCACUUCUACAAUGGAGACCGCUGCACCAUCUACUGCAACUCUGGAUACGUCCUGCAAGUCCACCAGGAUGAUGACAUCAUCAAGAGUCAGUCGGAUACUGCAGUCACCAUAACCUGUGCAAAUGGGAAGUGGAACAAACAGGUGUCAUGUGAGCCCGUGGACUGUGGUCGGCCGGACAAAUACCAUGUCCAUCCUGCCCAUUUCAACUUCCCUGAAGGCACCACCUACGGCAAGAAAAGCGCCUUUCAGUGCCGAGAACCCGCGCAGCUCGUAGGUACAAACAACUCUCUAACCUGUUUAGAAGACGGCCUCUGGUCCUUCCCGGAGGCUCUGUGUGAACUUCGCUGCCCAGCCCCUCCUCCUGUACCCAAUGCUGUUCUGCAGACCAAGCGCUGCAACGAGACCGGCCUCAAAGUGGGCACGCUCUGCAAGUACAAGUGCAAGCCAGGCUACCAUGUCAGCAACAAACCUAAGAGGCGUGCAUUUAAGCGCCAGUGUACAGAGGAUGGCAGCUGGCUAGAGGGAGCAUGCGAGCCAGUGACUUGUGAUACCCCACCACCCAUCUUCCACGACUCCUAUCACUGUACUGAUGGCUUCCGCUUUGACAGCGUCUGCAAACUCAACUGCUCUGAUCCUGCCAGUAAUUCAGCUUUUGCCGCCACAGGAGGCUCUGCCCAUACGGUGAGGCUGCUGCACGCUCCAUGCAAGCAGGGGGCAGGGUCCAAUGUGAUCCGUUGUAGGAAGGAUGGAAACUGGACAGGGUCGUUCCGCCUAUGCCCAAACAGCAAAGGCCAGUGUUCUUUACCUCAAAACCUCCAUUAUAGCCUUCAGUACUCAUGCAAGCGAGGACACGGCAUAGGUGAGAAGUGUGAGCUGAUGUGCAGAGAGGGUAACAACGACGUGGUGAUCCUCCCUAGAAACAUGACAGUAGAAAAUGUCCUGGUAGAACAUUGGAGGAACCCGCACAAAGUCAAAAGCAUCAUCUGUACCAUGGGACUGAAAUGGUAUCCACAACCUGAAUUGCUCCACUGCAUCAAAGGAUGUGAGCCAUUCAUGGGAGACAACUACUGUGAUUCGAUCAACAACAGAGCCUUCUGUAACUACGACGGAGGAGACUGCUGCCAAUCCACUGUCAAGACCAAGAAGGUGAUUCCAUUCCCCAUGUCCUGCGACAUAAGAGAUGAGUGCUCUUGUCGGGAUCUGAAUGCGAUAGAGAACCGGAAGGAUGCACACGUCCAUUCCCUCGGGUGACCAGCCUGAGCAGGGACCGCUGUUCAACGUCCCAGGACCCCUUGCUCCAACACAACACAGCCUGAGUGGCCGAGGAAGAUCCCUCCUUCGUCCUCCUCUCGACCUCCAAAUUUCCUGCACAUGCUGCUUAACAGGCAUACCUCUCCAUCCAUACUGCAACCGCAACCAGCUGUAAUGUCUCAGCUUCCACAUCCCCGAAAGAUCUAGAAUAUAGGAUGGGACCCAUGAGACUCCACAGUAAACUUCAUUUCUCAGCUAAAAGGAAAGUAACUCAUGCAAUAUCAUCCUUUAAAAAAACAAUUAAAAAAAACAUAUAUAUAGCAAAGAGAAAAAAAAGAAUAAGUUACAUGAAACAGACAUAUUUUUUUUUUAGAAGGAGGAAAACAAAAACAUAAAAAAAUUUAAAAAACCUGAACAAAAAUAUAACCAAGCUUAGGUAGCAUGCCUUUUGUUCAGUUUUGUGCUGGCUUUAGUCUCUUUCAUUGACCUUGCUCUACAAUCACAUGAUUGAACCAAAGUUAAUUCAAAACGUGGAAGUGAGGGAUUGUGUUGAUGUUGGCUCUGUGUUUUGCAAAUAUGAAGGACAUCUAGACAAAAUAAUCCUUUGAAGGCAUGUUCAACAUCUUUUCAGAGGAGCUUAUAUCAUUCCUGGUUAUAAACUGGUCAGACAUUCUGUAUUAUGUCCUUUUCAGUGAAGUGUGUUUCCUAAUAAGCACGUCAGAGGCUAUAGAGGUUAUUCCUAGCUUGGUGGGGAAUGCGACAGCCAUAUAGUUAAGUUUCAAGCCACAGAUUCAUCAACAAAAGCCAAAAUGUAAUGCACAAAUACAAACAAAAAUGUCAAAGAAUUCUUGCCCAACUCCACACACAGUUUCCGAGGACAAUUUUAUACCUUAAGCAAAUUCCUGAGUGCAUAUUUAAAAUAAUUUAUGCAUGGCUUCUGCUACUGUGUUUGCUGCUACUUGCCAUCUUCACAUUAUACUAUCUAAUAGGGUUAGACACUUUAGUCUGCCUUGCUGCUGACAGGACCUCUUCAUGCGUUCAUUCACACUUGCACGUUAGUUCAUAAUACUUUUUGAGAACACACAAUGACAUCACCAGAUAUGAAAUGCACUAAGAACUUUAAAAAAACCCAGAACCUCACUUAUCAUACCCAUUUAACCCAACUGCCCAAGACAAAUACUACACGACCACGACUUAAAGAAUGUCAUAGUUAACAUCUCACUUAGUUUCAGUUUAAACUCCUCCCUCAUGGCGCGCUUGAUUAGAACUUUCUUACUUCAAGUGCUGAUUAAAAAUAUGUUUAAAUUGAAACUAAAAUGAUCCUAGCCCUGUUCAGAAUGUAGUCAAUGCUUGUCAGGAGUCUGUGGCUUUUUUGAUCGCACGAUACUGCACGGCACAGCCACACAAGUGUCCAGAAAACAAGGGCUGGAUAUCGGCCUUGGCUCUGAGUGAGAGCGAGUGCAGGUGGAAAGAGCCCACAUCUGAUACACACACACACACACACACACACACACACACACAUAUCUUUCAUUCUCUCCCCUCCCAGUCAUUUUGGAUUAUCAGCUGGAGCUCUGCAGGCAACACUAUUAUACACGGAAAUGACAUUUGGAUGUAUAUGUCAACACAGCAUUUGCAGUCACGAUAUGAUCAAAAGUCCCUCCAAUCCUCUGCUGGGUCCAGUGUUUAAAGAAUGAACUUUACCAUUACGGUUGUCUCUGCAGUAAAAAGUGCACUUGGUUGUUUUGACUGGCACUUUUCAGUAUUGUGAACUUGGGUGUCCGUCUCCACCAAUGAACAUCUUUAGAUUAUAUGGCUGCUACAAUAGCUUUGUGUUUUGUUAUUCUUCACUAAAGACACAUAAACGGUAGUUUUUUUUACUCAUGCACAUUUGAUAAUGAAGGCUGCUUGACAUAUUGGUCCAAAUUUCGCUGCUUUUAUUCGUCUACAACCAUAGUUGUUGUUACAGACGGCAUGAUUAUGACUUUUCAUUUCAUUUGAGCCAAUGGCACAGUCCCUCUGACUCAUAUUAGGUUGAUAUAGCAUUCCAGAUCAUACUCAUAAAUCAUCGUACACAAGUGGAAAUGUAAAACCAAUUUCAUGUAAUUUUGAAAAACCAAUGUUGGUGAGGAGCUAAGACAAUACCGCAACAUGCAUAGAAUGUGAUUGGGUAUUAUUUUCCUCCAAAUAAAUAUUUAAAUUUAAAAAUCGAAAAUACCAUGUAAAUAUUACUAUAUGUUCUUGAUGGACAGCUGCGUUAAAACAUGUUUUUGUUUUUCAUGUAUUUCAUUUUUUACAAAAUGUCAUAUUUAAUCAGUGUUUAUAUUAUUGACCUCAGUUACUGCACUUUUUUUAGUUUCAAUGUAAGGAGAAAAAGUAUAUCUUUCAACAAUGUUUAGAAGCUGCUAUUGUCAGAAUGGUGAUCUGAAACAAACUGAUUGUUAUAAUUGAAUGAUAUUCGGUCGUUUGACUCCCUGUGUUGCUAUUAGCUUUCCUGUUAUUAGUGUUUUAUUGUAUCUGGCCAUAGAUGCUUCUUUUCCAACCCAAACUGACUUUGCUUUAGAGGUUAUCAAUGAAGUAGGGAGGUAUUGUCUAUACAAUGAGUCCAUCCAUAUGUCCAUCACACACACAGCCCCCCCCACACACACACACAAAAAGAAGGAAGAAAAUAGGGUACACAUCAACACAUACAGUUGCCCCCCGCCCCCCACCACACACACACUAAAAGAAAAAUAAAUAUAGGGAACACAAGAAGGCUGCACAUUCGUGUGUCUUCUUUCACCCUGAUGUGUGUGUAAUACAUCCUUUUAUGUGAAAGGUAUAUAUUUUUUGCCAGAGAAACCCAGAUAUGUCAAAAGGGAAGGAAAUGCGUACAUCUAUAAUAUCUCAUUAAAAGGGACUCAUGCCAUACUUUGUACAUUUUACAGGACAUUGUAAAGGCUACAUCAUCAGAUUGUAUCAAAACAUGUGAAGCCCUAGAUAAUAAAAAACUAAUAUUAUGUUGAUACUAUCAAAUGAUAUGUACUAUUAGUAGGCCUACUCCUGAUACUGCCGCUUUACGUAGAACUGUUACCAGUGGGGAGGUAUGUGAUCACUACACACUAUCGUGACAUCUGGUUCAUCAUCUUGAGGCCAUUGGAAAGUCAUUGAAUCCGAAAUCUGUCAUGGCAUCCUUCCCUUUUUUCUAUAAACUAACAUAACCUGUCGAUGCAUCCACAAAUGCUGACUAAUAUCCUCCUUGUAUUAUUAGUCAUUGUCUGGAUACCAAAACAACAUUAUUACUAUCAGAAAGGCAACAGAAUGUGACUACAUGUCAACUUGAAAAAAUGAUAUUCUUAAUAUUGGAGACGGUACCCAUUAGCCGCAGCUAACCAAAAUAUUCAUGGAAGGAAUACGAUUAGGCAUUGGAUGAGGACAUCACCUCUCUACUGUAGUCAUCACAGGAUCCCUUGCUGUACCUCAUGCCUGUAAUGUUUGCUGCUUCUAUACUUUCGGUAUUUUAGUGACAUUUUUGCGUCUCAUAACCGUGGUGUAAAUAGUAGAACUAUUUAUUGAGUGUUAUACUUUUUUAAAGUUAUAUUUAAUGUUCAUGUAAGUUAUUUUUUACAUUGUUCUUAUAAACAAAAACAUUAUCGGCUGUGAGUCAAAACUGUCAUUUUGUCUCUGUCAUCACGCUCUGUUGUGAUCAUUUCUGUCAAGCAGUGAUCAGACACACAGUCCACUUCAGGCCCACAACCACACAAUAACAGGUUCCAUUGGUCAUUAAGUGUAGAUGGACACUGCUUUCAUCCAAUGAGGAGCCACCGCAUGUUACUGAGUGCAGUGUACCCCCCCCCCCUGCCCCCACCCCUUCAAAACCAUAAUGUAAAGUUUUUGUUUUGUUUUUCUUGUUUUUUCUUCUUCUUCAAAUGCACGCAUUAACCAUACAUACAAGGUGUUGUGAAAAGAAACUUAAGUAUAUAAUGGCCAAAUAACAUACAUACAUAACAUAGCAAACAAUGUUUCAAGAGACCGGUGUAAGACAAAAGGAAUAUAUGUACACAGCCAGCUGAGGACAGGAGCAGUGGCAAAGAGAAGGAUCAGAAAUGAAGGAAAAGAAGGACUGGGUGUCAGAAGGCAGCUGAUGGUGCCCCAGAUAGUGGAAAAGUAGAAGGUGGACAGGGAAAGAUGUAGGGAUGGGUGGAUGGGUGGAUGGGUGGGCUGCUUUUCCUGGCCUGUCGAGCUAUUUGUCCAGGUGUGAAAAUGUGUACUCACAGAGGCUGCCCCCGGGCGAGGGGUGGCCAGCGCUGACUGGCAACCAGCCGAGGCUAGUGAGUCAGUUCCUCCUGGGUGUUUCUGGGACUCCCUCCCCCCCCCCCCCCCCAUCCACCUCCCCACUCCUCGACACACUGCCUCAUCUGUCACUGUCAGGUAUGCCUGCGUGGGGCUGUCAGGGUCAAGCUGGCCCUGUGAAAACGAGAGAGGAUGUUUGCCCAGCUUACAGAGCCUUUUGAAGUUGUGAAGGCUGAAAGAACACAGCUCUCCUCACCGAGAGCCUCUGCUUAUCACAUGAUAGGACUUGUAUAGCAGUCUUUUUCGACGGGCUUCGAUACCUCUCCCCAGUUCCCACCAACAGUCGCUCCUUUGUUUAUAAUUUAUCACCUGGCUGUUGUAUUGCUCGUCUAAAAAUGUCAGAAGCAUUGUGUCUCAACCAUCACAAAGCGAUGGGAAGUGUAAGAAAAAGUGUCUAAAGUCCUAAUAUCAGAUCAUUGCAGAGAAAAAUACUGAUGUGCCAUCUUGUUGUAAGACAUUUUCCUUGUGUAUUGUAACACAUGAAGUACCUCUCACAGGACUCUGGUUAUAGGAUUGUCCACUUGUGUCUGUUUCCUAAUCCCUCAAUAAAUAAAAAAGGUGAAUGGUCCUUUUUUUCUCAGUGGGGAAUACAUAGAAAGUGUAUUUACAUAUAACGUGGAUAUCUAGUGGUAUACGAUGUUUCGUACCCGAUUGCUCGACAAAUAUAUUUUAAGAUGUACAUAAUAUUACUAUAUGAUGAUUGUAUUUGCAAACCAUGUACUAACUGUUUGGGAGUAGCUCUUGGAUUGAUUUUUAUCAUAACUAUUAUACAAAAAAAUUAACCGUGAAUAUGUUGUGCAUUGUGUCAAAGUAUCACCUGCAAGACAAAAAAAGAAAUAGACCUGUGAUGCUUUACCACACCACUCGCUGUCGGCAUUUAUUUGUUAAUAAUGGCUUACUACAAGCACUGUUGUCAGUUGUCUAAACCAUCCAUUGAGUCAUGAUUUAUUUAUUUGCUAAGAUAAAUAAAAACAUAACGGUCAUUUCUGCAAUCUUAGGAUAGAAUUGAUCCUCACAAUCAAACUUUACUGAUCUUUGUAAUGCAUUGACUAGUGUACAUGCAAAGAGCUUUCAUUCCUCCUUACUCCAUACUGUAUCAUGUCGAGUCUUAUCCCAAUGCCUUUGUGUUUGCUGGGAAUUUCACCAACACUGUAAAGGUAGCCAUCGGACUCAGUCAUCCCUCCCUCCCUCCGAUGGCCUCCUCUCUCUUUGGUUCUUACACAGUAUGCACUUUUUCAGGCACAUAUACAACAGAUUGGACUUUUAUGUUUUAAGUCAAUAUUUCUCUGUUUUCACAGUUGCAAUUAUAUAUAUUUUUGGUGCUCUGGUACAUGACAAAACAUGUCUGAUGUGUACUAUAUUUUCAUAAGAAAGAGUCAUAAGAUCGUCAUUUUCAUUUUGCUGUCAUUUAUUGUGUAGAAAUAAAACACUGGUUAAAGUGGA